AUGAUUUUCUUCUUUGUCCUAUCUUGCUCGAUUUCAUUAGGCUUUGGAAAACCCUCUGCCCAUCCAGGUUUGUCGAUAGUGACGACAAGUAUUGGUGGAGCAGGACCUCAUCUUAUACCCAAAAAUGCCGAUUACUCCCGCAAAGUCAGCGUCAGUGUCGGUUCUGUCUUGAAUCAGCAGGAAGCUGCCGCUGCAGCAGCCAGUUCCACCAUUGACCAUCCUCGCGGAACAGUUGGCACUCGCUCGGUUUCCGUCUACGAUGAUCCAACAGCUCUACGACUUCACACUUCGGUGCUGAAUGCCUACCCAUCUCGAUUUGACAUCAGCAACUUCCAUGGGGAGAAGAUCAACAGCGCAGCUAUUUCGUAUCUCCAGCCUGAUCUCAGUCAGGGGACCGUCGCCAAACUGCGGGUGAUUUUGGGUGCCGACUAUGACCAUGCUUGGAUGUCGGUAGAACCCCGACCACCCGGAAACGAGACGACGGGCUACCCACCAUCAGCGUCCAAGCAACGCCUCCUACGUCAGGUGGAAGCUUUCAAUUUCAGUGUUUUUGACGAAGUCUCUGGUGCGGAGCAUCAGGAGGUCGCGUUGAGUGCGAAAGAGUCAGCUAUGCUCAGGAAGUGGUUGGUUCAGCGUGUGGACUGUCCAAUGCAGUAUGUAUGGCGCGACAAUGGUAAUCGAUACUGGCCUAGGUGGAUUCGACAUGCAGUAUGCAAGGAGGCUGUUGUCUGCUCCUGGCCCCCUGGGAUGCAGUGCAGACCCAGUGGAACCAAAACCCUGACGCUACUUAGAUGGGUGAGUGAGCAACACAGCGCUCUAGGAGGUCAAACCGAGAAGGUGGAAUCACCAUUUAACAUAAAUUGA